GCGACCGCGCGAAGCACAAGUGCAAACAAGAAAGAAGAAGAACGAAUUGGAUUUGGCCACAGAAACACAGAAACGAAGAACCAGAUUUAAUUCUCACAACAACCAACCACCCUCCCAUUGUCGAUACUGGUAUUUUAAAAUUAUAGAUACCUCCAAAGCCAUCCAAAAUCAUUCUCAUCAACUUUGUCGAUCAUCCAGUCAGUUAGUUGUUAACCAUGGCAUCUGAUAAGGAAUUUGACGGAGAUGCAGGGGCGCCAUUGCCCGAUUUUUCCACGAAUAUCCAACUUCAAACAGUGGCUCCAGCGUUGGGAGGGCGAAGCAAUAACCCUGAUUACUUGGACUAUGACCAAAAAGGCCGUGGUGUGGUGACUACCAUGUUUGCCAAUGCAGGAGCUGCCUAUGUGAUUGGGAUUGCUGGAGGUGGAGUGUAUGGAUUACGGACAGGCUUGAGCUCGACGCCAUCCUCCCGAUUCAGGGUCAAAUUGAAUGCUGUGCUGAAUCACUGUGGAAGACACGGGUCCAGAGCCGGCAAUACACUGGGAGUUUUUGCUGUCAUGUAUUCUCUCUAUGAGGGUCUUGCUGAUAAUUAUGACUUUGAUGAGAAAUUGGGUUUGGCUGCCGUAUCACCAGCUGCAGCAUCUUUCUGUGCACCAGCCUUUGCAGCAUUUAUGACAGGAGCGACCUACUAUGCACCAUCAGGAGCCAGAGUGGCUGGAUUGGCAGGUACUAUUGGAUUUGGCGCUGUAGGUGCUACGUAUGCGGGAUAUUCCCUGUUGGGCAUUCCGUAUGGCAGUCAGGGCUUUCUGUUUCUAUAACAAUGAAACCCUUUUGAACAUCUGGACAAUGCUCAAUCAAUCAAUCAAUCUUUAGAGAGAGGCAGUACUUUUUCCAAACACAAGCAAAUCGAUCAGUUUGAAGCAAGAAAAACACCAAUUCACUUGCACAAAGAAAUACCCUUGCAAUCAGCAGCCGGUCUAUGAUGUGGUUGCUUGUAUCAGAAGACUCGGUGCAUUCAUGUACUCUACUAAACAGUAUCUUCGUUAGCGCUAGCGUAGCAAGCACCUCCCGGUUGUGGUCGGGGUGAACUGUGCAGCCCGAACCGGUAACCGGUAGAUUAGUUGUGUCGCCUCCUGAACUUCGCGAUGGUUCGAGUCUUUCAAUGCGGAGUCAAGUACAAGGCUUGAACGUACAGGAAAACCUUCGCCUUUGUUUUCAUCGGCAUUUCGCUGGGUGUUGUUGGCAGAGUAGUAAAACAAUUGAACCCAGAUCAACUUCA